GGGAGAGGAAGAGCGGGCGACUACAACUCCCGGCAUGCACAGGAGUGUGUAAAGGGGACUUUUGCUUUCCUGGCUGUUCCCCACGUGGGUCCAACAUGGCCGGGUUUGUGGAUCUGAAUAUUCCCCACUCGCUGGAGAAGGAGUCUUUGCGGAAGCUGGUGGAAGCCGCGGCGCAUCUUGGCUAUUCAACCGUGGCAAUUAAUUAUGUCAUUGACUAUGAAGAAAAGAAAAAGGAAGUUGUGAAGCCUAUAUCAUCCUCAGAACUGUUUACAUCUUUACCUAUGGUGCAGGGGAAAUCCAAGCCAAUUAAGAUUUUGUCGAGGUUAACGCUUGUUGUUUCUGAUCCAUCCCACUGCAAUAUCCUAAGAGCUACAUCUACAAACAUAAAAUUUUAUGACAUCUUCGCUGUGUUUCCUAAGAAUGGGAAGCUCUUCCAUGUGGCUUGUACAACCUUAGAUGUAGACCUUGUGUGCAUUAACGUGACAGAAAAGCUGCCUUUCUACAUCAAGAGACCUUCCGUUAAUGUGGCAAUUGAUCGAGGCAUAUACUUUGAACUUGUUUACGUGCCUGCCAUCAAAGACUCCACGAUGAGAAGAUACACAAUUUCCAAUGCUCUCAGCCUGAUGCAGAUCUGCCGAGGAAAGAAUAUCGUACUGUCCAGCGCAGCAGAAAAGCCGUUACAGAUGCGAGGUCCUUACGAUGUGGCUAACCUAGGGUGGCUGUUCGGCCUGUCUGAAAGCAACGCCAAGGCUGCUGUUUCUACCAAUGGCAGAGCAGUCCUGCUCCAUGGAGAAGCCAGAAAGACUGCUUGUGGAGUGGUGCAUACAGUGAAGAAGCCCCGAACCCCUGAUGAAGAUGACUCCACCCCAGCUACCAAAAGGCCAAAAUGGCAUUGUGAUGAGUAGGCUCUCCUCUGCAACUUUCCUCAAAGCCCCAAAGCUUCAGGUUGCCAGUCUUGAACGGCCAGAUGGGAACCAUUGAUGCAAUUUAAGAUGUUGGGCUUAAGCAUCAAUGAGGUCAAGUGGAGAGUCUGACCAUGGACAUGGGAGGCUGCUGAUGCUGUUGUAACUUCUUUGGGAGGAAGAUAGCUCUUUCGCGGCUACCUAGAGGACUGUGGCAAUGUAACAGGCUUGAAAGCGGGUGGAAGAGCAUUUGCUUAUCUCCAUUCCCCUUAUAAUGAAGACCUUUCACCAGGGGAUUCUGUUAUGCUGCCUUUUGCCAUCUGUGCUCCCAAGUAUUUCCAGGAAUGGAAUCUCCCUAUAUAAUGAUUGUAACUCAGAUGGCUAUUAAUCACAGUCAAGCUAUUAAAGACAUUUCUGAAAUGUA